UUUUGAGUUUUCAUCUCUCUCUAGAAUUCCUUCCGUAAAUAUAUAUACGUAUAUAUGUAGACAAUUAGAUACAGUGAGAGAAAGGUGUGGACUUGGAGGGUGUGAGUGUAGUCAUUGUUUUGUUAUCACCACCUGGCGUUUCCGCAGAGCUCCAUGUUUCCAGGUGGUGGAUCCUCUCUUCUCUCAACAAAAGCCCAGUAAAUAAAGAAAAAGAGAAAUUAUAAUUUCCCCUCAAACCCACUGUAAAAUCACUGAAAGUUGAGACCAAUCUUAUUUUUAGUCUUUUCUAAGCAAAAUCUAAAUCCCAAGAUUUUCGAUCCCGACUUACCUAUUUAUCACCCCUGAUAUUUCUGCUUCUCUUACCUUUUAUUUGAGGUUUUAACAUUCAAGGGUUGGAAAUUUUUGGAAAAAGUUUCAAGAUUUUCUGUAGUAGCGUUUAGAGGGAAUCCAGAAGUGGGUUAGCUUUUAAGAUUUGGUUUUGGGAGGAUUUGAAGCUAAGUUUUGGGUUUUGAUUUUCUUUCACUGCGGGUGAUUUUCUUUUAUAGAUAUAGCAACUCUGAGAGUUUUGGGUCAUUGGGUUUAUGAGCUCUUUUGAUAAAAAUUCAAUCUUGAGUGCUUGAGGAGUUUUGCAUACAACAGUAGAGAUAGGAAGGGUGAAAAUGGUCAGCGGAAAUUUGUUUCAUAGUAGAAGGAAUUCAUGGCCGCCAGAAGAGUAUAUAAAUCGAGCAACUUUGCAGUUGUUUGAUUUUGACAGUGAGGCCCCCCCUGAACAAGCAUGGAGAAGGAAAUUAAAUUCCCAUGCUAGUAUUCUUAAAGAAUUCAGUGUUACGUUCACAGAAGCCAUAAAAAUGGUUCGACUCGGAAUACGCCUGUGGCAUUACAUACGGGAAGAGGCAUCUCAUGGCAGAAAAGCACCAAUAGAUCCUUUUACUCGGGAAAGUUGCAAACCAUCUGCAUCACAAGGAGUUCCGUUGGGUGGGAUGGGAAGUGGUAGCAUAUCGAGAGGUUUCAGAGGGGAGUUCCGGCAUUUCCAAAUACUUCCUGGUACAUGCGAGACUUCUCCUGUGAUGGUCAACCAAUUCUCUAUUUUCAUAUCUCGAGAUGGAGGGAACAAGAAGUAUGCAUCUGUUCUGGCACCUGGCCAGCAUGAAGGUUUAGGGAAGUCUAGUGAUCAAGGUAUAUCGUCAUGGGGAUGGAAUUUGACUGGUCAACAUUCCACGUAUCAUGCACUAUUUCCAAGGGCUUGGACUAUAUAUGAUGGUGAACCAGACCCAGAACUGAAAAUUUCUUGUCGCCAGAUAUCACCAUUUAUACCGCAUAAUUAUCGGGAGAGCAGUCUUCCUACAUCUGUAUUUGUUUACACUUUGGUUAAUACUGGAAAGGAAAGGGCAAAGGUCAGCCUUCUUUUCACUUGGGCGAAUUCUAUUGGAGGUAUCUCGCAUCUAUCAGGAGAUCAUGUCAACGAGCCAUUCAUUGGUGAAGAUGGAGUUUCAGGCGUGCUGCUACAUCACAAGACAGCGAAAGAUAACCCUCCUGUGACUUAUGCAAUUGCUGCAUGUGAAACUCAGAAUGUAAGCGUGUCAGUUUUGCCCUGUUUUGGCCUGAAUGAAGGAAGUUGCGUUACUGCAAAAGAUAUGUGGGGCAAAAUGGUGCAGGAUGGGCACUUCGAUCGGGAGAACUUCAUGAAAGGACCUAGCAUGCCAUCAUCACCUGGAGAGACAUAUUGUGCUGCAGUUUCUGCUUCUACAUGGGUUGAACCGCACGGAAAGUGCACUGUUGCAUUUGCUGUUGCUUGGUCGUCUCCUAAAGUUAAAUUUUGCAAGGGGAAGGCCUACCGAAGGAGGUACACAAAAUUCUAUGGCACUUCGGAAACAGCAGCUAAGGACCUGGUGCAUGACGCACUUACCAAUUAUCCGCUGUGGGAGGAAGAGAUUGAAAAAUGGCAGAACCCUAUUCUCAAAGACGACCGACUGCCUGAGUGGUACAAAUUUACCCUGUUCAAUGAGCUCUAUUUUCUAGUCGCUGGAGGAACAGUUUGGAUUGACUCGAAAAUACCAGCUGAGGACUCAAGCGGUAUCAAGUCUAUAAUCACGAACAGUAAGAAAACAAAAAAAACCAAAGCAAGGAUAGUUCACAGAUCCACUGCAGUUGUGAAAGAGGCUGCAGUAAAUGGUUCUGAUACUUCUGUAAAUGUUGAUCCAGUGGAAGGUGGAGAUAUAGCUUCUAGAAGAUCUUCAGAUGAAGAAGAGUCGACCACUUGUGGGAAUGGUGGUGGAGAGAACUGCUUUUCAGCUCCCUCUAAUAAGUUGACGGAACCCAUGAACGACGAUGGCGAUGUAGGCAGGUUUCUGUAUCUGGAAGGUGUCGAAUAUAUAAUGUGGUGUACGUACGAUGUGCAUUUUUAUGCGUCUUUUGCCCUUCUUGAGCUGUUUCCCAAAAUCGAGCUCAGCAUUCAGCGUGAAUUUGCGGAUUCUGUGUUGUCAGAGGACAGAAGAAAAGUGAAGUUUUUAGCGGAGGGGAACUGGGGAAUUCGCAAGGUUAAGGGAGCUAUUCCUCACGAUCUUGGAACACAUGAUCCAUGGCAUGAAAUGAAUGCAUACAAUAUACACGACACAAGUAGAUGGAAGGAUCUGAAUCCGAAGUUUGUUCUUCAGGUGUAUAGGGACUUUGCUGCAACAGGAGAUUUUUCUUUCGGGGCAGAUGUAUGGCCUUCUGUUCGUGCUGCAAUUGAGUACAUGGAACAAUUUGAUAGGGAUGGCGAUGGUCUUAUUGAAAAUGAUGGGUUCCCCGAUCAAACAUACGACGCUUGGACAGUUCACGGUGUGAGUGCUUACUGUGGUUCCUUAUGGCUUGCUGCACUGCAAGCUGCUGCGGCAAUGGCCAUCCAGUUAGGUGACGAGGCCUUUGCGGAGAAAUGCAGAUGCAAGUUUAUUAAAGCCAAAGCUGUUUUUGAGCAAAAACUAUGGAACGGCUCAUAUUUUAACUAUGACAGUGGGUCUAGCAAUAACAGUAAAUCCAUCCAAGCUGAUCAACUUGCUGGACAGUGGUACACUGCAGCUUCAGGCUUGCCUGAUCUCUUCGAUGAUCAGAAGAUCCGGAGUGCGCUCCAGAAAAUCUAUGAUUUUAACGUUAUGAAGGUUCGAGGAGGUAGGAUGGGCGCAGUAAACGGAAUGCAUCCUAAUGGUAAGGUGGAUGAGACGUGCAUGCAGUCUCGUGAAAUAUGGACUGGGGUAACGUAUGCUGCAGCUGCUACAAUGAUUCAUGCUGGAAUGAAAGAGCAGGCUUUCGCCACGGCAGAAGGUAUAUUCAUAGCCGGCUGGUCAGAAGAGGGAUACGGAUACUCAUUUCAGACUCCAGAAGGCUGGACAACUGACGGGCACUUCCGAUCUCUCAUAUACAUGAGGCCGCUCUCCAUAUGGGCGAUGCAGUGGGCAUUGUCUACGACUAAAACCAUGCUCGAGCCCCCCAAGAUCAAUACAAUGGACAGGUCACAUGCAACCCCUUCCUCUCAUAACGAAAGCGGUGUUAGGGCGGUAGCAGGCAAAACAAGGUGCUUUGGCAAUGCGGUAUUCCACUGUUCCUGUUAACUUUCCAUGUAAAUCUCUCCACAAACAUGUACUUGCUUCCUUGGACUCUAAUUCUGAUCAAAGCAGCUUCAGAGUUCGACGGGAAGUAUGUCUUCGCGAGAAGGCAGUGAUGGGAAUUCAAAAUAUAUCUGGAUAUUUGUUGUUAUUUAACAGGGAUUUUGUGCAGUCUAUAUAGAUCCCGUCCACUGUAAUUCAUUCAUUCUUCCCCUUGUAAAGGUGUAUCCCAGUACAUGAUGCCUUCUCAAUGAUAAGGAAUUUGUUCUGCUUGAAAAGCAUGGGUGGA